UGAGAAGGAUUCCGCUGACCAUAUGCUUUGUUUUUUUUCCCCACAAAUGCGCCCCAACUUCACCCGCUGGGAUUAAAACCUCCCAUGCUGCACCUCUUCACAAAUCAAGAGCUGCCAUACACACGCACACCGCAUCUCCGAACGCCCCCUCCUCCAUCACUAUAGUAGUUAGUCAGCCUGGUUCCCGCUGCUGCAUGCGCACAGGCGUAUUGUGGCACAUUUCCAACAACUGCGCACCAGAAGCACGCCGCUGGUGCACAAUUGCGGAUAUUCUACGACAGAAUUCGACGCGCUGGAUGCAGGAAGUGUCCACGCUGCGCCUUUGACGCGGUGUCUUGAAUCCACACAUGCAGUCUCUGUCAUCUUCAGCAUAGCAGCGUGACAAUGGUGCAAGGUUGGUUAUCCGCUUCGUCGUCGGUGACUUUUCUUCCGAGGAAUGGAUUGUUUGCCGGAGCUAGGAAGGAAUUUGUUGGAACCCUCGUUUGGAUUUCCUGUGUGACGCUUAGUAUCUGGUGCUGAGUCCACUCCACUCGCCUCUUCUUGCCUUCCACUCGCGGCAGCACGACUGCUAAUUGGAGAGCAUCUUAAUUGAUGGAGAACAACCACAUAGGGCUUUGACCUCCACUCUCGCCUUUUACGCUUACUAACCCUGUUUCUAUUUCUGCAAUUCCUGUGACGAGUAUUCGGCUCUCUUUUGCUCGCCCGACCUUUGCGUUGCACCUCAAUUUAAGGACAAUGCCACUGAACGCGUUGCCCCGGGCUGGCAUCGGCGGCCAGGGCUCCCUCAGCCCGGCGUCGCUGUCCCGCAGUCUCUCUCGGCUGAGGGAAUACCGGACUCGGACACGGAUCAUGUUGGCCCUCGGAGUCUCUCAGAUGGUCCUGGGAAGCCUCAUCUUGGCCGUCAGCUUCGCGGCUCUGGCUCUCACCACAUCUCCCAGGGUGCGACACUCUUGCCCUUUCUGGGCAGGUUUCUCCGUUCUUCUCUCUGGGCUUAUCGGUGUGGUGUCAUGGAAGAGGCCACUCUCGCUGGUGAUCACAUUCUUCAUGUUGUUGUCAGCAGUUUGCGUGAUGCUCAACCUGGCAGGCUCCAUCCUCUCCUGCCAGAAUGCUCAGCUGGUCAACUCCCUCGAAGAAUGUCAGCUGCUCAAGUUUGACAGCGACGGAGUGUGUGUUUGCUGUGAGUUCCAGCAACAGAGUUCAAGCUGCAACAACCUUGGAGAGACGCUGAAACUGAACCCACUGAGGGACUGCAAUACCAUACGCUUGCGUCUCAAGGAGCUGCUGUUCAGCGUGUGCGCCCUAAACGUCAUCUCCACCAUUGUUUGUGCCCUGGCGACAGCCAUGUGCUGCAUGCAAAUUGUCUCCACUGAUGUGCUGCAGAUGUUCAUGCCACACCGAACAAGAGAGCUAAACGCUGAUUGUAUGACUCCCCAUGGAACUAUCCUUCACCAAACGCUGGACUUUGAUGAGUUUAUUCCUCCCAUUCCCCCACCGCCUUACUACCCCCCUGAGUACACCUGCACACCAUCAAUGGACGGACAAAGAGGCCUGCACCUGGAUUUCCCCCAUCCCCCCUUUAGUGCCAUUUAUGGGGUGCCUAUCAACAGCCCCGGGACGCUAUACCCAACUGACUUGCCCCCACCAUAUGAGUCUGUGGUUGGGCAGACUCCUGCAAGCCAGGUCACCACCAGUAUCGAACAACAAGCCACUGAAUCCAGUUUAUGUGACAGAAACACAACAGCAGGACUCAGCACUCAAGCCUCUGUAGACAGUGCAUCCCUGAUGGUCUCAGAAGUUGCCGAUCAUGACCACACUUGCUCCUCCGAGGAUUUGUGUUCUCUAGAAGUCCAAGGCUCGGAUUCCUCUCCCUACAGUACACACCAGACUGCACCGACUAAUGGAAGCUGCACCAGCCUUGAGCUUUGUACACGCACACGCUGCCAUCAUUUCUUGUCCAACACCAACGCUCGCCCCAGUGACACUGGAUUCAGUGAAUCCUCACAUACCCAGGAGUCCCUCGAACGCUCUCCAGACUGGUCCUCCGAAAACUACAGUAAUUUGGAUCAAGAGGAUUCUGCAGACAACUCGCAUGUAUGUGACGAACUUAGGCCUUCCAUGCACCUCUGCGAUGAGCUUGCAUCAGCCAAACAUUUGCCAGAAGAGCCGCCAAAAGUGUCACCGCAUUCUCUCAUUAAAGCACGAAUGAUGAGUCGGAAACUCCCGCUUGCUGUCGCCGCCUCCCCACCUCUUCAGCUUUGCUCCCCCACCUCAGUGGCCUCCUCUGGGGGAACCUUAGCCAUCAGUCCCUUAGCUCCCUCUCCCUCUCCAUCUCCUCCCAGCAGGCUACGAGGCCCCCGGUUGUGCUUUAGUGUUUGGUCCUCUUCUUCUACUCCACAGCCCCCCUCUACCUCAACUCAAAGUGGACGUUCACCCGCAGAGAAGCCUCGAGGGCUCCGUGCAGCCAGGAGGUACCGCAAGCUGGCACGUAUUGUCCGCUCCAGCAGCGACCCCAUCUCCUGCUCCUCCACUACUGGAAGAGAAUCUUGUGUCUCCAUCUCUGCAAUUAAUGCUUCAACUGGAGAUUCAGAUCGUACAUCACCAGAGCAAGAGCAGUCAUGUAUUUCAGCGGAGGCUAUUGGAGGCAAAGCAAGUCGCAUAUGCGCCAAGAAGCAUCAAAAGGAGAGCAGAAAAAUAGACCUUCACCUUAAAACAAGAGCUCUGCAAGCACACGCCCCCCAUGAACGACCACAGUCCUUGGCUGACCUCAAAAUGUAUAAAGACACUAAAAUAUUGGUGGCCAAGUUCCUGGAGCAUUCAAGUUGUAAUUUACCACCUGAAGUCCAGCAAGUUGUCAACAAUAUUAAAUGUGUCAUCAAGUCAGAUGAGAGACACAUGGAGGAGGCCAUAUUUAGUGCCAAUGUCAUAGACCAGGUGAUGACCCAGUGCAUCAGUGGCAGUCCCAGGAAACGUGGCCAAGAGGAUCUUCACCUCCAAAGCUGCGGUGCUUUGAGUUCUUCUCCUUCCAUGCGCCGUCCCAAAAAUCUCUCUCAAAUUACCGGCACCAGUACCAAUCCCCUGGACUCACCUUCCUUUGAACAAAGCCUUGAGUGCAGGGAAACUAUUCUCUGACCACCAUCUUCACAAGGACCUGCAUCUAAGCUAUGAGGGCAUUCCAAAGUGCUCAUGUUGCAGCAACACCUUUGUUGUGCAGAAAUUCAUAAGCAGUUCGGCAUUGUGAGUUCAAGUUUGCACAGUAUGUCUCUUGCGUAAGAAAAGGGGAAGAGGCUCAAACUAUAUCUUCUCGAGCCCCAAGAGAGUCUGCACAGUCAUUAGCAGAAAUAGUAGCAAACUCAGACUUGAGCCUGCCUGUCUGUAGUGGCUUUUUUUCUCAUCAGAAAACAGAAUGUUUCUCCCUCAGGGGAUUUUUUUACGCUGAGUUUCAGCAAAAUGAAACACAUUGCCGCUAAGCUGAGAUCUGUCAUUCAGAGAAAAACGAUAUUGUGUUACAGUCUUGGUAUUUUUCUUGUCUUUGUGUGAAACGGGAAGAAAUGUAAUAAAUACUGUAUGAAUAAUUCAACUGUGAACUGGAGAGAAUGGGCUUUACCAGCCAAUGCUUGGCAAUUUUGUGGAAUUAUUACUGAUAGGGUGGUGAAUAUAUUGUGGUGCCGCUGGUUCAAGAACAAACAUGACAAACAUUUUAACUUACCUCAUUGUGUUAUAUUUCUUAUCAGUGUUACAAUAAAAGCUAAGUUUGUAUCUUU